UGGCCGUAUAGGUGCUCAUGCUUUGAUGUCCUUGCAGAAUCCUGGUGCAGUUCCUUUGGCCAAGAGGAGAGAGGACGAGGUGUCAGUAGGGAGCACACCACUGGUCAAACAAUCUUCCAAUCAGGCCUCAGACUAUGCCAGCAGCCCAGUGAAAACUAAGACUGUGACAGAAUCACGUCCACUGUCCAUCCCAAUGAGGGUGAUGCCUGACACCACAGCUGCGGAGUCAUGGACGACCUCAGAGGAACAAAUGAAGGAGCUCAUCGCCCACGCCUGGGAUGCUGUUAAACGUCUCACUCUGCAG